GGAUAGGGAGGUUGGGGCAGGCAGAGGAGCGGAGACAUGGACGACGAGUGGGAAGGUUGGCUGUUGUUUUUCGUGCUUGCUGUCAUCCAGUGGGUGAGUCAGCGUAAUGUGGCAGCCAUGGCUGUCCUCGAGGCGGCUGCUAUUUUGCCACAGCGCGACAAUGAAUUGGCCAUGGCCAUGACGAUGCUUGGAGGCGUCGUUUGCCAUAGCCUUUCUAUGUUGUCCGCGCUCCCCCAUCCACUUUUCAACGAAAUCGUGCAGCAGAUUGGACCUCAUAUCCAGCAAGCCACGACGAAUUGGAGACAGCCAUUGCCCGCGGAGCAAAAGUUUGCUUAUGCAUUGAUAAGGUGGGCAACGAGAGGGUUUUACAGGCAGUCCAACCAUGGUGUGGGAAUGAGACUUGCAAGUGCCCUGCGGAGCAAUAAGGACGUCGCUGACGCAAUCAUCAAGGAGUAUCCGAACGUGGUAGCUUUUCCGGAAGGUCGUCGACUGCAAAACGUCAUGGACGCCUUCGAACGGAAGGGCUUCCCUGGCUGUGUAGCUACAAUCGAUUGCACACAUCUAUACAUAGAGAAGCCAAAGAAGGAGCAUGUUGCGUGCUACUACGACCGGACAGGGCAAUUCUUGCGCAGGUCAUGUGCGAUCACGAGUGCCGCAUUCUUGAUGUCUUUGUCGGUUGUCCCAUCCUGGCAUGACAUUCGAGCACUCAAAUUGUCCACCCUCACUAGCGACUACGACAACAUCGUGGGUAUCCUACACGGAGAGCCAGCCACACUUCGUGACGGGAGCAGCAUUGACCCUUACCUGCUCGGUGACACCGGUUAUCCUUUGUUGUCAUGGAUCAUGACGCCGCAUCCUACCAACAGAUCUCGCAGUCCCGAACAUGUGGUGUUCGAUGACAUGUACACGACGGCGAGGAGCUGCAUAGAACAUACAUUUGGGUUCCUCAAGGCGAUUUGGAGGAAUUUCGGACGUCGCCACAUCAACAAUCUGAAGAUAAUUUGUAAGGUGUUCAUGGCCUGCUGUAUACUACACAACAUCUUGUUGGAUCACAAGGUGGACAUGAACGGUUUGACUGCAAACGACAACGACGAUUCUGACGACGAUGACUCGGAUGAUGGGCGUCGACGCAGUCGUCGAGCCGAGCCGCCCCUGCAGGAGGGGAACGCCAUGGCUGAGCACAUAGUGGAGGCGUACGACUUGGAGUUGAACAAGGCAAUCAGGAAAAGGGGUUCGGGAGAAGUGGCUGGAUUGCAUGCAAGGGAAGGAGGGGGGGUAAUGGAGGAAGGGAAGGAAGGCGAGGAAGGAGUGGAAGGGGAGGAAAAGGAGGAAGAAGGGUAUGAAGGGGAGGAAGAAGAGGAGGAAGGGGAGGAAGGAGAGGAAGGGGGAGAAACAGAGUUGAUGAGUGACGACGAUGCCGGAUCAAGGGAAUCAUCUGACGGAUUUGGGCUGUUGUAUGGAGAACAUCGCGAGGAUGAUGACGAUGACGAUCCGAUGGCAAUGGAGAUGGAGACACAGGUGGUCAGCAACCUUUCGGCAGAACGUGAUUACUAUGAGGUCCAAGCACUGACGUCUAUCGUCGAUCUCCAACACCGGUUCAACGAGGCUCCUGUUGCUGCGAACCUAUCUAAACCGAGUGGCCGUACAGACGUCGAAGAAGUUAUCGAUGGCAUACUAGGUGACCACCACAUGUUCGAGCAGCCGUCCACAACGCCUGAUGUCGACGACCCUCGCAACGUCAAACCUUCCGCGGCAUCUGCCAUCGCUUUCUCGCCGCCGAACUCUCCGAUAUUGUCGGCGACCUUCGCCAGCGGAGGGGAAGGCGGGGUUGGGGCACGACAACAUGUCACGUCCCCGAAAAAAUCUAGGGUCGACACUCAAGCUCUCGACGUGCUGGCCUUGCCCGUGCCAACUUCACCGACGAAGGAGUGGAGGGACAAACCGGCUGGUAAGCUAUGAGAAACAACACUCUGUAUGCGCGCCCAAGCUUCCAAGAACGAGAGUGCGGCUUCCUUCGUAGUCCGGAUGUC